CGAUGGGAAACUACUAGCGGCUGAGGAUUGAUGCAAAACGGUUGAUCGUGAUAGACGCUGUUAAUAAAUAGCCACAAGUCAACACUGCGAAUCGAUAGUCUGCGGUGCACAGUGCGAUAGUAAAGAUCUGGUGAAAUUGGUCAACGCAAAUAUAGUGACUUGAAAAGGGAUAAGUCGAAAUAUUCAUAGGCAAGCGCAGCACAUAAUCUACGUUUGAUAAGCCGACUACCUACAACGAUGGUGAACGACAAAACUAACGGAAAACCACGCACCUACUGCGUGAUUGGUGCAGGAACCGCCGGAUUGUGCACCGCCCGUCAUGCUCUUCAAUCGGGUGGUGAAGUGACCGUAUUCGAGAUGGCGUCGCAAUUGGGAGGCACGUGGGUGUUCAACGAGGAGGUGGACAAGAAUGAGUACGGCAUAGAUGUACAUUCCAGCAUGUACAAGGGCUUGAAGACCAACCUACCCAAGGAGAUCAUGGGCUAUCCGGAUUUCCCGAUUCCGGAACAGGACAGCAGCUACAUUCCAGCGGAGGAUAUGCUGAGAUUUUUCCAAUAUUUUUCGGAUUACUUCGGAAUUACGGAAUGUAUAAAGUUCAGCCACUACGUCAUACGAAUCAAGCCCACCAAGGACGAGAAACAAUGGGAAGUAAUUGUUCGAGAUUGUCCGAAUGAUCAAUUGAAGACAUUCUACUUUGAUUACGUGUUGGUAUGCAACGGUCACUAUCACACGCCCAGGUUACCAAACUACCCUGGGAUAAAUUUAUAUAAAGGAAAGCAGAUGCACAGCCAUGAUUAUCGAUGUAACGACCCAUUUGUCGGUGAAACAGUGUUGGUGAUCGGAGCUGGUCCCUCCGGUAUGGAUAUGGCGUAUGAAAUUUCCAAAAAGGCCGAACGGGUUACUUUGAGUCACCACUUGAAGGAUACACCGAAAACAGUUUUCCCGGACAACGUAAUUCUAAAGCAUGACGUGGCUCGGUUGACCGAGACUGGUGUGGUUUUUGCGGACGGAACAUCGCAAGAUUUCAGUGUAAUUUGCUACAGUACAGGGUACAAAUACACAUUCCCAUUCUUGAGCUGUGAUUGCGGAAUUAUUGUAGAGGACAAUUAUGUCCAGAAGCUGUACAAACACUGUAUCAACAUCCGUUAUCCGACGAUGGCGUUCAUAGGAUUGCCGUACUAUGUUUGCGCGGCCCAGAUGAUGGACUUGCAGGCUCGAUUCUGCAUUAAGUUCUUUAGUGGAGAGAAGCAGCUGCCUUCGCAAGAAGAGAUGGAAGCCGAUACCAAUGCUGAGAUGGAGGAACGCUGGAGUAGAGGUAUGAAGAAGCGCCAGGCGCACAUGAUGGGACCGCAAGAGGAUCGGUACUACGAAGAUUUGGCACACACAGCCGAGGUGGAGCCUAUCAAGCCGGUAAUCAAGAAGCUGCAUAAACUUUGUGCCUUUCGGUUCAGUGAAGAUUUGGUCAAUUUUCGGAAAGACAAAUUUAGAAUUAUUGACAAUGAAACUUAUGUAAAAAUCAAUUAGAUUCGAAUUUGUGUAUUUGGUGACUUACUUUGGCUGUUACCGAAAACUUUUGUUUAUUUAUUAAAUACUUAGAAUUAGUAUAAGUUUAAAAUUUAUAUAACUUAAUACUUAAAAAAUAGUGUGCAAUGGAAGUUUGCUGAAAAAAAGCAAUGUGAUUACAAUUUCAAAACUCUUUUUAUGUUAUACCUCAUAACUACUCAUGAAACUACUUACAAAUAAAAACAAUAAACAAAUUUUGAAUUCCUACAUUAUGUCUAGUGCUACUACAGGUUUUCUUGUCACGAUUUACCUCGCCAAAGGAAUAUCCUAUUUACAAGAGUUUUUGGAGCUUGGAAUAAGUGUCUCAUUGAUUGGCGUACUUAUCGUGCUGGUGACCCAUUGAGAAGACAUGAAUUUGCACCACAAUUGAAGCGAUCGGUGGACGAUAAUAUGGUCGAUAAAGAUACAACGUUGACCAAUGGCUUCCGAAAGUGCUGUCUAGAGAAUCCUGAGAUCUAACAUUUUAUUUAUUAAAUUUUCACCUUAAACUAAAUCUGCGCUAAAUCCGCGCCAAAUCUGCGAAAAUUGCAAAAUUCGCGUAGUCGUAACAACCCUGAACUGUAGAAAGCCAUCGUGUAGGCGGCCUUCUACAAAGCCUACGGCGUCUUCCGGCUACUCUAUUGAAUAUUAUCUUCGCUUGACGCUAUUCCGCAGUUCGAAACAACAUGUCCAGCCAACCGUAGUCUGUCGUGUUGAAUAAGCUUAGUAAUAUCCAUAAGUUCAUACACCCGAUAUUCAUGUGUCAAUUUAUUUUUCUUUUUUUUUUCUCCUUUUGAUGGCACAGACCUGUUGGUCCAUAUUUGCCAAGUGUCAAAUUAGAUUGAAUUAAAUUAACAUUUUAUUUAAAAUGACGGUUACGCGAAUGUUAGACUUUUUGACUAUCCUCAAAGCAUAUGAAGGAAACCAAACUACAACGGAGCAUGUUCGGACAGAAAUCAAUGGUAAUAUUCACAAGUGAAAGUUAAAACAUUCAAACAUUAAUCUUUUCCUGGUUGAUAAACUCUGAUAUUUGGAGGUAUUCAUCAAUAUUUUUUUUCUUCAAAAUGAUAUUUAGGUCUAUUUUAUUGUGGAGCACGGGGAAUUUGUUUCUAAUCGUCGAUAGUUUAGCACAGUCAUAUAGAAUAUGGUGAAGAGUUUCUGGUGUGUUACAGGUUGAACAAAGGUCUGAGUUAAUUAAAUU